CUUAAUAAUCAGUCGUCGCUGCCUCGGCGGAGACUUGGCAUUCCUUCUUGUGCUUCACCACAAAGACGGCGGCGCGAAGCACAAGUGGUUCCCUUCACCCCGCCAGCAUGGAUAUCUCAGCCCUAGUGAACCCGGUGUCAGAGGUGCCUCCGCGCCGCUCGCCCUCGGGCUCAUAUUCUAUGCCUGCGCCCAGUCCCGCAACGUCCUCCGCAAAGCUCCCAACUCCUCCGCUCUCGACCCACAAACCCAUGACCCACAAGCGCAAGCGACACGAUCCGAAGCCCAUUUGGGCUAUACGCGAAGACGAGAUGAUCGAAGGACUGCCUCUCAUUCCGGCCCAGCGUCAACAGUCACGCCCUCUACCAUCAACGCCGCGCCCGCAACCCCAGCCUCCGCCAAACGCGAUGCACAACGGCCCUGCUCCCGGCCCAUCCAGCCCUCAUCAACCCGGCACCGCGCAUGAACUCAUCGGAUACGAGCGCCCGGUAUCUAACGAUGCCCACGUUUACGACGAGGUUUCGCGCAAAGUCUGCGACUUCAUCUUCGUUACUGUCGUUAACAACGAGCCUGUCCGGCGAGCCAUUGCGGCAUCUCCGGACAUUCAAGUGGAGAUUGAGGCGCGAUGGGGACAAAUUAUAGAGAGGAACACCGGACAGCGUCUUCGUGGGUUUCACGACACCGAAUGCGUGGUGAAGAGCGCGCUCUUGAAUACCAGUUUCGAGAGCACCAUGACCAUGGACCAGCACAAGAGGAUGAACAUGUACCUCAACGGCCAGGUGCAGAGGUCAAAGCUACCCGGCGCUGAGCGCGCCAGUAUCGACUAUACUCACACGAGGGAAAUCGACGUGUUCUACGAGCUCGACCAACCUGCCUUUGAGCGCCUCCCUCCCUUGACACGAGAACUCGUCGGGGCAUCCAAAACUCGCCAACGAAUACGCGUCACUUUAGACCAGAAGAACGGUAGGGUGAUCCGACAGUUGAUUAAGCAUCGAAUCGCGAACCUGGAGAUCAGCUCCCCACAGACGGAAUGGGAUUACCGCAUCGGCGUCAACAUAGAAAUUCAAUUUCCAGGACCUAUGGACGGCGUCCCAUUGGCGCAAGAGCCCGGAAAGUCGUUGGAGGCGAUGAAGCGGCACAAAGAUCGCGUCUCAUACUCAUGGCUAGACGCCUUCCACCUCGACCUGACGCAAGUCGGCCAGGACGGUCGCAAGAACCACGAGUUAGAGCUCGAGCUCGACCCGCAAGUGCUUCUGGAGAACGGAGACAAUGUCAAUAAGAAGCUGCCAAACUGCUUCGAGAGCUUGAUCAACGGCAUGAUGAACAACCUGAGAGUCUUGUCGCGGGAGAUUACGCCUGCGGCCAACCCUUAAGGCAGCGGAGUGGGGCAGCUCAUUACUUGUAUUAAUACUUCGCUCUGUAUUGUCUUUCUGGGUGUUUUGGAAGGUACAUGGCCUGGGUUAUCGGCACGGAAGACAACUGGCUCAGCAUCUGGCACGGAGUUUGAUGCUUUGAAAAUGAGAUACCCCUUUGCU